CAUUGAAUCAGACCUCUUUGUGAAAGGCACGUUGCUGACAAAAGAAAUUGAAUGGGCCAUAUUGGGACCAAAGUCUAUUGGGCACUGAGAUUAGCCUAAUUUUAGAAAGGACAGGUUGCUAAUGAGAGGUUUGCCAAGUGAGAGGCUCUGUGACAUGGUUUCUGCCCAGAGUGUUCCAGGACAGGAUACACUCAGCAACACUAAGCCAGUUUGAUCUGUCUCGACUUCAGUCAACAGGAACUCUGAGAACAAUUGCCACAGAUGGUGGGGAAAUCUGUGACUAACCAAGUAAUGGGUUAUGAAAUGUGUCAGUAAAUAGGUCAUUGCUGCGUGUGAUCAGUCCUAACUCCUGUGGAAGGGAGGCACAAUGUGAUGCACAGAAAUAUGACCUGUCAUAGCUGCUUUUGCGCAUGGCUGUGGUGGUAGCAUGUGCCUUUCCCAAACAGAGAAUAUGUAAACAUAUGAAAACAUUUCAGUUUCUCUCAAUAAAAGGCCUUUCACAAUCCCAUUGCACCAGAUAUCAACAACUCAUCUGGAGAGCAUUUUGUUUUUGGAUAUACGUAAUGUCUAGGAGCACAGGAAGAACAUCCCUGCCACAGUUACUACCCCUUUAUACCCACCCAAGAGGAUUGACAGGUGGAUCCCGGCAGAUUCAGACCAUCAGAUCAGAGGAAGGGGUUGUCUCACCGCUCACUCUGCGGGGCGGAAACGCCCAGCAGGACGUAGGGGACGAUGACGCCAUUAUCCGGCAGAUUGGGAUCCAGCUCCGGCAAAUGGCAGACCAACUGCACACCUACCACAUGGAGAGGGUUGAGGAGUGGGACCGAAGGCGUUGGCCAGUCUGGUACUGGACCUUUCUCAACUUCUUCAUGCACACCAUGGCCAUCUUCCGCAUGCCUCGGUGGAGAUGAACUCUCAGGAGCUUGGGAAGGGCCACUCGGUCAAUCCCUGAGGGGACCAUUGGAAAAAGAAUUCGGAAGGUCCCCUCUGAAACUUUUUUGACUCCGCUGGACGGACGAGAUGAAAGAAAGAAGAGAGAGAGAGAGAUAAAAAGAAUGACGACUUUUCAGGGCCAAGAUGUAGAUAUUCUUGUUGGAGCGAUCAAUGGUUACUGUAACCCCCCCCCUUUUCCGUCAGGGUCUGUAGCAAAAAGCUGUUCCUGUGCUUUUCCCUGAUCUGAAAUAACCUCAAGCUCCCCGGAAGCCCCACAGAGCAGAGCCUCCUGAUCUCGGACCAAAAGCAGGAUACACCUUCACCACUGCCCUUAGUUUCAGGAGGAUCGGGUUCACCUGGACUGUGAACCUGAGGUGAGGAGUGGGAUGUCAGGUAGAGACAUAAGGAGGGCUGGGGUUGAAAGGUUACUGGAUGGUCCUAGCACUGCCUGGAGCUCUGGGGUUAAAACCAGAUGAGAAUCUCCCUCCAUUGCUGAGGUUACAAUGCAGCAUCAGCUUUGCACUUAGAUUUUGAAGUACUGUACCAUGUGGAGAGGGUUUAACCACUUCUCCAGUUUGCAUUUAUAGACCCAGAUUUGUUCGUAGCUCUCCUUGUGGUGGAUAUUAACUCAGGGGAAUCCAUCAGAGAUUGGUUGAUGAUUUUUCUGGCAUUUUCUAAUGGGUGUAUUGUAUCUCCCUUGGGAUUGACAAUUUCCCCUUGUGUGAGCUCCUGGGAGAGAUACAUUCUGUAACCAACCGACUCGUCCUGCCAAUUUCUGUGACCAAACCUCCCUCUCCAGAACUAAAACAUUCAAUCCGAAGAUCGGGUAAAAGUACAAAUUGGGGAACGGUGUGACAGAAAGAAAAGUCAGGCUCGCUAUAGUUUGAAGGUGUUUGUUUGGGGUGGGGUGGGGCAUAGGUUUGAGCCUAAUUAAAAUGGACACUGACUGUGGAAUUUCAGACGCCCUAUUCUUUGUAGCUCUCAGGAUAUCUCAGCUCCAUGUCAAAGUCUAUGGCCCCUUCCCCCACCACAUGCAAUGUGUCUUUGUAAAAUCGAUUCCUUAAAAUCAGGGCAGUUACGAAAAAUCAGGCACUUGUUAGGGAAAGGAAAAGUCUUCUUCAACAUGUAGCAAUAGCUGCGCAACAGCUGGAUCGAUGAGCUGUAUAACCAAUCGCUCAAAGUCACCUCAGGGAUGAAUUCUGGUAGAGUCGGUUCCUUGUAUUUCUCAUGUCUCUUUUGGUGCACCCUGUACGGGAAAGCUGAGUGUUUCGUGAUUACUUUGCAUCAAACAGGCUUCGAAACUAUUUAUUACUGUGUGAAUUUUUUUGUUUCAGUUUGAGUCCUUGUUUAGUUCGAAAGACCAACUGAGGUUUUAGGUGAAUGAAACAAAACUGUUUGAGGAAACUUGUGUUCAAUCUGGGCCAGUAGCAGUGAUGGGGGUGGGUAAAAAAGACAUGUAUUCCAAGAAAUCUUUGUCCCUUUAAGGGGCGCUGCUUUCAAAAGGCUGGGAAGUUCAGUCUCAUUUUGUGAGAUACUGAUCCUGCUGCCCAUCAAACAGUCUGCUACACUUUCCAACCUCCCGGCAUUGUACAAAUGCUGAAGUCCCGCACUGUUGGAUAGUGAGUGGUCAGUCUGUGCACCCAGGCAAUGAGUAAUUUGACCACAAUGUGCCUAAGGCUGGUGAUCGAGAGUGGAGAGCCAGGACUGGUAUUCUUACCCAAGGUAACCACCCCACCUCCACCAUCACCCCCUCACAUUCCUGGACUUGAGAGGGGGCUCUGAAACUGUUCCCCACCUCCCCAAAGAAACACUGCACCCCAGGUCCACUCUGACUGAGCCAACACGAUGCGGGUGGACCCUGGGCUUCGAAUCUGGGAUCUUUCUGAUCCCUUGCAACUUGAAAACAAGAAGGUGCAUUUACCGAAUGCUGAGCCACGUGGGGAGAUGGGCGAUGUCACCUGCUUCUGAAUUGGUGAAGACUCUCAAUGCAGAUGCGUCAGGACACGCGGGGUCGGGUGAUCAGGGGGCAACUUUUGGCCUGGGUGGGUGGCAUGGAGAAGAGGCGAUAAGAGAGCCUGGUACCUAUUAACACCCCCUUCUCUUCCACCACCCAACUCCCUUUUCCCAACGAGUUUCAAUAGGGGCUUUGCCCACUUCAUUCGACAUGAAUUUCUGCCGCGGUCAUGAACACAAGUUCCCAGCAUGCCACGGUAUCCUGUGGUUUUGAGAAGCUGAUGGGACCCAUCCCGAGUGACAACAGUCUGCUGUGUGGGGGGAAAGCAGUGUCCCAGACCCCUUGUACAGUGAUGUUUUGUACAUAGAUCAUUUCAUUUUGUAGAAUAUGCUGGUUAGAUUUCUCCUUUUUUUUUAAAAAAUAUUGUUUGUUUUGGAAGAUUAAUUUUUGUAAAAUAAUUUUCCAAUAAAAGUUCAAGCAAAGAAA